CAAACGGUUGAUUAUAUAAUUGAUUUCAAACACUUUUUUCAGAAUUAGAUUGGAAAUAGAAAUAUUCUAGAUCCUUCCUAUGCUUCUCGGCCAUCCACUCGUCUAGCCAUCUAAUUCGAAGUUAAUGUGAAUUGUCAAUACUGCCCUCAUCACCGCUUUCCAACACAAUAAAUCCCAGCCGUUCACUUCCUCUCUUUAUAAUCGCAGAUCUACCCCAAUUUCUUAUUCUUCUUUCUCUCUAGCCGUCUCGCCUUGUUGCUCUUUCUCUCGCUUUCUCUCUCUUUCUCUUCGCUCUCCUUACACAAAGGAAGAAGGGAAUAAUCGAGUUUGCAUACUCCUUAGGGUUAGGAAUAGAAUUUAUAAGAGGAUGUUUGGGAGAGCACCGAAGAAAAGUGAUAAUACCAAGUACUAUGAGGUGUUGGGCGUUUCUAAGAACGCUUCGCAAGAUGAUCUGAAGAAGGCUUAUCGUAAAGCUGCCAUUAAGAAUCACCCCGACAAGGGUGGUGAUCCAGAAAAGUUUAAGGAGUUGGCUCAAGCGUACGAGGUUUUGAGUGACCCAGAGAAGCGUGAGAUCUAUGAUCAGUAUGGUGAGGAUGCCCUUAAGGAGGGAAUGGGUGGUGGAGGCGGUGGCCACGAUCCAUUUGAUAUAUUCCAAUCCUUCUUUGGUGGCAGCCCAUUUGGUGGUGGUGGUGGGAGUAGCAGAGGCCGAAGACAGAGAAGGGGAGAAGAUGUAAUUCAUCCUCUUAAGGUUUCUUUGGAAGACCUAUACAAUGGCACAUCAAAGAAGCUAUCCCUUUCCCGCAAUGUACUUUGCUCUAAGUGCAAGGGCAAGGGCUCAAAGUCCGGUGCUUCAAUGAAGUGCCCUGUCUGUCAAGGCUCUGGAAUGAAGAUUUCCAUUAGACAGCUUGGUCCAUCUAUGAUUCAACAGAUGCAACACCCUUGCAAUGACUGUAAAGGUACUGGCGAGACCAUUAACGACAAGGAUCGAUGCACGCAAUGUAAGGGUGAGAAGGUUGUCCAGGAGAAGAAAGUCUUGGAAGUUAAUGUGGAUAAGGGUAUGCAAAAUGGACAAAGAAUUACUUUCCCUGGUGAAGCUGAUGAAGCUCCUGAUACUGUUACUGGAGAUAUUGUAUUUAUCUUACAACAGAAAGAGCACCCCAAGUAUAAAAGAAAGGGAGAUGACAUAUUUUAUGAGCAUACCCUUAGCCUUACAGAGGCACUAUGUGGGUUUCAAUUUAUUUUAACACAUUUAGAUGGCAGGCAGCUCCUUAUUAAGUCUCAACCUGGAGAAGUUGUCAAGCCUGACCAAUUCAAGGCUAUAAAUGACGAGGGCAUGCCAAUGUACCAGAGGCCCUUCAUGAAGGGCAAAUUGUACAUUCACUUCACCGUUGAAUUCCCAGACUCUUUGAGCCCAGAACAAUGCAAGGCCCUGGAGACUGUGCUGCCACCAAGGGCAGGAGCUCAGCUUACCGACAUGGAGAUAGAUGAGUGUGAGGAGACCACAAUGCACGAUGUGAACAUUGAGGAGGAGAUGCGCCGCAAGCAAGCUCAGUCUCAAGAAGCUUACGAUGAAGAUGAUGACAUGCACGGUGGUGGUGCUCAAAGGGUGCAAUGUGCUCAGCAAUGAUGAGAGCGAGGUAGUAGUGUGAGCGGUGUUUUAACAAAUUAUUUGAGAGAAAUAAACAGUUAACAUUGUUUCUCCUUUCCUUAUAGGUUUUGUUUCUUACUUUAUUCUCUCUUUUUUUUUUCUUUUUUCUUUUUUAGUAUUUAAAUUCUUCUUUGGGAGGUUUUCCUCCCCUUAAAUGUUUGCAAAACCUUUGUGCUGGAGUCUAGAAAUAGUAACUCUCAGACAUAUUAAGAUAUAUGCUUGGUUUGUUCA